AUGCCUCCCCAGGCGCUGCGCUGGGAGUUUGGCCUAAGCCGCUCCCAGGUUAUGAAAAGGGUCUCUCACAUAUCUCCCCAAUGGAUCACUUCAUCUGACCAAGGCAACUGCAUCUUGGGGGUGAAGUUGGAGGAGCUGCUUUCCAGCCAGAGCCUGUUGCACAAGCCUUCCCCUCAACAGAGGGAUUAUGUACUUGUUGUACCCAAGCAUGGGGGCUCACUGAAGCUCAAUUUUGGGAGCUUCGACGGGUCCAGGCUCCCAGACCGCAACUACAUGCUGUGUCGUGACGACCACGCAUUGCGUCUUGUCAUCCGGUGGGAAACGAUAGAGGACGAUACCCCAACGCAGACCCAAGUUUGCUUGGUUUUCAAGAUUCCUGCAGACUUCGACCACGUUUUGAAGGACUUUGGGGAUCUGAACCUACCUCCAAGAGCACUUCAGCAGGCACCACGCACUUCUCAACCAGUGUUCAGACGUCCGGAGCCAUUCGCUGGCCGCUUGGCGGCAUCUCAGCCCAGACCGUUUCACAGAGGCAUGAGCGAAGUUCCCUCCGAUGCCAGGCCAAGGGUCAUAUAUCAGCAGCAGCAGGCCUGCAGUUGGUCAUAG